AUGCAUCAGCGCAGUUGUCAAGUGAUACAUGGCCUUAACGACGAGCUUUGUGCAGAUCUUGAGGAGCAAAUAACUACGGAUAACAGCAAAAAUAUUUCAGAAAAUGAACACAAUGGCAAUGAUAUUAAUACAGUUAAUUACGAAAGUUUUCCUGAACUGAAGAAAGACAUAAAUCUCCCGAAAAAUGAUUCUGAAUGGUCAACGGCUAAUGAUUAUUUUAAUUAUGCACUCCAGCCAAAUGACCCAAUCACAUUUCAAGAUCUAAAUUCAAAAAUCAAGCUUUUAAAUGACGCGAUAUACAACUACUUUGCAAAUAAUUAUGGACAUACUGAAACUGUACCCGACAAAAAUAUGGUAGCUAAAUAUAAAGAGUAUACGGUUAAAGAGUUAAAGAAAGCUUUACAACAUUUAAAAUCCAAAAAGGGUGAACUCAGUGAAAUUAAAUACGUAUCGGCGGUAUCGCGUACAUUGCGUGACAGGCUCCGUAACAAUAGCAACGACGCCGAUGACUUAAAUGACAGUGAGUCUUUUAAUCACAACAAAUAUCUGGAACGAAGCUUUUGGGGCUAUGUUAAAAAUAUAAUCAAUAGAAAAGACUAA